CCCGAAGCCAAUGCGCGCACAUCUUGCUUUUUCUCCUCUCCAUCUCCUAUUGUAUUUGUCCAGUUAUCGUCAUUUGUUGAUGACGAAGACGAUCCAGUGUGGAUCCACUGUCAGAGAGUAUUAAUCGGCAGAUGGUCGCCCUUUUGGACUCGUCGGUCAUGGAGCCUGACAAAAAUAGCGUCACUCCGCUGCAUAUAUCAUUGCUGAUGGUAUCAGGCUUGCGCUACACGCUCACCAUCGAUCAUGAUUAUAUGGCCUCUCAUUCUCUGAUGCUGCAAGAUCCAGAGGAGCUAUCUGUGAAAAGUCUCAAGGAGUGUAUUUUUGCGGAUUGGAAAGAAGACUGGGGUGAUCGUCCUACUGACGUUGAAUACAUUCGUCUGAUUCAUUUCGGUCGUCUUUUGGAUGACAAGGACUCUCUGGUUGAUUCGCAGCUGUCCAGAUCGAACAUGUACAACGUCCUUCAUAUGUCAGUUCGACCUGUAUCGAUAGCAGGAGGUGUCGUUCCCGUUCCUACGAAAUCACGCUCUAGUGUUCAUGCUGCUGCUGAUGCCAUUCUGCCUCGUCGGUUGAACACCGCUAGUAACAACCGCGACAACUCUAGUCAUCAUACUGCCCUCAGUACGUCGAAUUCUACUCCAACCUAUGAUGCCGAGACUAGAACAAAUUCUCAUUCUGGCGGAUGCGGAUGUACAAUCUUAUAAAAUGAUGCAUUUCGUUUCUAUUUCUCUCUCUAGUCGAACGCCAAUGUCAUUUAGUAUGGUGUAUGUGUUUAUGUGUAUCGCUUGAGCUUUCUGUUUGGGCCCCGUCUCGAUGCGCGGGUAUCUUAUCAUCUCGCUGUCUAGCAACAAUAUUGCUAUCAUUGUCUUGCUCAAGCAAGAACUACACGUUAACGGAGGAGUUCUGGGAUUGAUUUUCAGGUUGGAGCCGGUUGCUCCCUCUUACAUCUUGACUUCGACCGGUUUGCUUGUUUUUGGGUAUUGUUUCGUCUUUCGCCUUUUCUAUUUGGUCAUGGAAGGGCGUAUUUCAGUGUAUGAGCCUUGU